AUCCUUUCCACGUCCGCCAUUUUGACAUACGGUACUUUUCGAGAGAGUGUUGGUUUUAUGUUUUAUCGUUUCUCGUGAAAAUAAUCUUUUUUACUGAAACGUAAGUAACGCAAGUGGCGUAUAUGUGCAACGUGGCAUUACCAGACAACUCGAUACUAAGAGCAAGUCUCUGGGUAAUGGAUCUUUGAGCGGGGAACCCUUGACGAUUCGCUGGGGAGUAGGUCGAAGGUGACAGACAACCGGGUGUACGCAGUGGCUUCGCAAACCGCACAAUAUCUUCCGCCUCGCUCGCAGUAUCACGCUCCACUGGCCUUUUAAAUAGUACGAACACUCUUUAAAAAACUCCAUAGAUCGUCAGCAAAGAAGUCUAUAGUGAUCCCCGAGGAUCCUCUGACAUAACCAGUACCAACCAUGGGGAAUAUGUUUGCAACAUUAUUCAAAGGCCUCUUUGGCAAAAAAGAAAUGAGGAUUUUGAUGGUGGGUCUUGAUGCAGCAGGUAAAACCACAAUACUGUACAAAUUAAAAUUAGGGGAAAUUGUUACUACAAUUCCCACUAUAGGUUUCAAUGUAGAAACAGUCGAGUAUAAGAAUAUAAGUUUCACCGUAUGGGAUGUAGGCGGCCAAGAUAAAAUAAGACCGCUCUGGCGACAUUAUUUUCAGAAUACACAAGGUUUGAUAUUCGUCGUUGAUAGUAAUGAUAGGGAGCGUAUUGGCGAAGCACGCGAAGAGUUAAUGAGAAUGCUUGCGGAAGAUGAACUGAGAGAUGCGGUACUUCUCAUAUUUGCUAACAAGCAAGAUUUGCCAAACGCAAUGAACGCAGCAGAAAUUACCGACAAGUUGGGAUUACAUUCUCUGCGUAAUCGUAAUUGGUAUAUCCAAGCAACGUGUGCCACAAGCGGAGAUGGACUUUACGAAGGUCUCGAUUGGCUUUCCAAUCAACUGAAAAAUGCCAACCGCUAAUUGGGAAAUUAUUCUGUCAACAUUCAGUUGCUAUAUUAACAUCAUGCAAAAACAGCUGCACACCUGUCCCCCCCAUGGCUCUUUGCAAUGAAUGAGUAAUAUUAUAAGAAACAAACAAAAUACAAACUACAAGAUCUAUUUGAUCUUGAAUGGUGGAUAUAGAAGGUUUAUUACUGAGAAUCGUCUGUGUCGGAGCAAGUUUUUUGGGGGGAGAGGAGUGGGCAAGCGGGGCCGCAGGCACAUGAUCGAAUGGCCACACCGGACUAUUGCCUUGCGCAAAUCUUAUUAUUAUUAUUAUUAUUAUUAUUAUUAUUAUUAUUAUUAUUAUUAUUAUAUUAGCAUUAUAGUUACACAACUUUUUACACAGAGAUGCCACGAGAAUGUGGAAAACUUGGAAGUAAUUAUAUUAAAGUACCUAACUCUGAAACAUGCGAUACACAUUAAUUAAUGAAUAAUUUAAAUGAUAUCUUCGAUAAGAAAAUUAAAAAACGUGAAAAACAGGAAUAAAGUACCCACAGUGUUAUCAGUUUUGAAUCAGCGUUGGACAUACCGAUUAUCAUAAUGUAGCUGCAUAUUGUACAUUACAUUAUAUAAAUACGAUAAAAUGUGAUCAGUAGACAAGAGAGAAUGUUGCUCUGUCCACACUACAUUUACAAAAAUCGCUCUCAUCUCGGCCCAGGACGGCUGAUACGAAAACGCAGAAAGUGAUUGCAGCAAACGGUGCAAUGACUAACUCUAUAUUUCCUAAUUAUAUAAAAAAAAAAUUUAAUUUUUUUUAAUUAAAAAAAAGUUUUUUUUUAAGUUCUCGGCGAUAGAAAACUUGGGAAAACAGAAGCUAUACCGAUGGUUAUUUCACUAGUUGAGUGCGGUAGGUGUUGAUUGCAUCCUCUUCCUUUUCCCAUCUGCCCGUCUCGUCAAACUUAUAGUUAUUCCAACUAUGUAUAUCUCACUAUAGAGAUGUUACAUUUAUUUAUUGCACCUCGAUAAGAUAAAUUAGAAUAUAUCCUCGACACAUUCCGAAAAUGUGCAGUGAAUGGGACGGAAAAAUUCAGAGACUCGAAUUAAUUUAGAAAGGUUGGAGUUGCCAGCCAAGAGAUUCAGGCCUCGCAACUACUGGAAUCCAGUAUAUACUUUGGACUUUUGGCGUUAUACACGCCAAAGAUGACGAUGUUGAUUCGCGGUCGUUCUUCUAUGUCCUAACGUUUUUCCAAUCUUUGAGGUACAUUGUUUUUACGAGAUAAUCUUUCUCUUCUAAUUUCAUUGAAUCGCCUUUUCGUCAUAUGCGAAAAUUCAUAUAAUUAUGUAUGAAUGUUUAAACAAUUUGUGAAAUAUAUUGUAAUUGUGCUUUA